CAAGUUUAGUUUUUGUUGGGAGUUUUAUCUGGAUCCUGUGCAUAGCUAGAAAUGACUAGCCAGGGAAGAGGCAGUGCAGUGCUUUUGGUGGUGUUGAUUGUGGUGGUGAACCUUCAAUGGAGAUCUGUGGAAGGGCAUGUUUACACAGUGGGAGGCACCCAGGGAUGGGGAUUUCAUUCCUACAAAAAGUUCUCCGCUGUUAAGUACAGAGCUGGAGAUAGCUUAGUGUUCAUCUACCCACAAUUUGAACACAAGGUAGUGCAGGUGUGGUCUAAGGAGGAUUAUGAUAAGUGUGUGGUAUCAAAAGGAGCAAAGAGCUAUACCUCUGGACGGGAUAAGAUUGUACUGAAGCGGGGUUGGAACUAUUUCAUUUGCCCCUGUAAAGGGCAUUGCUCAAAUGGAAUGAAGCUUAAAGUUAAAGCAUUUUAGGUUAACCAUAAUGUAAUCUGUAAUGAAAGUCAGACAGGGGACUUUCUAUUUCAGUUGUUUUUAACUAAUUCAAGGAGAAUAUUAAGUUAUAAACUUAUGUUUCUCAUUUUGAUUUCAAGAGU